AUGAUCAAUAAUCAUGUAGUGACAGUAGUGCAUGAAAAAAAUGCUGAAUUGCUGGCUUUGUCGGUGCCUGCGUCCUGUGGAGGUAUAUAUAACCCCAGCCAAAUGACGUUGCCACCCAAGGCGUUCCCCUCACUUCUAGAAUCCGCUUUCUCUUCUGAACCCAACCACCUGCAGUCGAGACCACGUUUUGCAUUUCUUGUUUUUCUUAGAAAGAAGCUGUCCCCAUCUACUCCACAUAGUAUUUGUCUUCUCAAAUUAUCCAAGAUGGUUCGGAAAGAUCCCAUUUUCGAAGCCCGCACGAAUGUGAAACUUCAUUCAAAUCGCUUAAAGAAAGAGGCCGCCCGCGCGGAGGCCACCUUCAAGUCUGAGAAGGCGAAGGCCGAUAAGGCAAUGAAGAACCGCGAAUUCCAGAUUGCCCGUAUCCACGCAUCCUCCGCAGUCCGGGAGAAGCGACGACAAGUCUCUCUACGAGCGGAGGCCGCUCGUGCAGACGUUAUCAUAAAUGAAUUGAAAGCCGCACAGAGUACUCGAGACACAUCACGGACCCUUGCAUUGGCGUCGCGAGGCCUGGACGCUGCGUCGAAGAGCGUCAACCUCGAGACAUUGGUUUCACACGCUAACAACUUCCUCGCACGCUCGGAGGACUUCAAGAUUGCUAGCAGCGCUAUUGAGGAUGUCGCUCAAGGUGUAUCGAUGCAGGAAUAUGGAGCGGAGGGCGAGGCCGAUGUUGAUCGCCUGAUGGAGCAGCUUGCCGAUGAUGCAGGUGUAGACAUGAGGCUCGCAUUAGAGCAGGAUACGGCACCGAAGGAGGAUGUGAAGGAACAGACGAAGGUCGACGCAGACCUCGAGGACGGCCUAGGGGCUAGACUGCGGGCAUUGCGGGCUGCGAAUUGA